CUCAGUUUCGCAUCAGAUUUUGACCAUUCAACAUUAAAUUUUUCAGACUAAGGAAGAAAGCCUUAUUAAAUUAGUUGAUUAAUUGCAUUUCAAUUAAAAAUAAACUUCCAAAAAAAUUAAUUAAAAUGAAAAAUUUGAUUCUUAUUUCAUUGCUCGUUGCUGUUUGUGCAUCAUCAAGCUCAGCACUUCGUUGCUAUCAAUGUGUCUUCCCCGGUGAAGGAAAAUGUCAAACACCAAGUGACUUAACACCUGAGACAUGUACCGAACCAGGAACUGCUGAAACAGCUCUCGGCAUCAAAUCUGUAUGUUUAAAGAGCGUCAUUGAUGUUCAAGGAGUUAAGCAAAUCACUAGAUCAUGCAGCAAGCAAGGAGCUCAACUCAAUGCCUGUUCAAUCUUCAGAGAUCACGUGGAACAUUGUUCAGUUUGUGAUUCCGAUCUCUGUAAUGGAUCAACAAAUGUGAUUGUCAGCAUUUGGACAACCCUCAUUCCAGUUGUCAUUACAAUCUUCAUGAAAUUCUUCUAAAUUAUUUUAUUAUUUUUAUUUUU